GUGUUUUGUCAGUGUAACUCAAUUUCAACAGGUUCCACCUCUGAUAAGCCAAACCUUUGCCACACUCCACUCCAGCAGGUGGCGAUAGAGAAAUCUAUUUACUCGUUUACGACAAGAGCGCAAAUGAUUUAUUGUCACCGGAUGUCUUUGUGGCUGAUUCUGCACAUGAUGAUAACGACGGUUUCCCACUAGAUAUUACAGCCACAAAGGCAUCAUUGGCUACAAAAUGUUAUUUUUGGUAAUCAUUUAAGGAAAGGGUUACACUUAGAAUAAGUUUUUAAUAACAUAAAUUGUAGAAAUAGCGGAGUUUAGCAACAAUUAUGACUUUGUGACUGUGUUAAUCAUUCAUCAGCGGUGUUACAUUAGUGACGAAAACAACCCAGACGUUAGCUAGCAACUUGCGUUAUCUAACAAGUAAAAAUGUCUAACAUACAGUUGUUGAGGGUGUUUCUCAACGAGAGAUUAACAUAUGCUGCCGAGGAGAUAUUCGGGGUCGUUGAAAAAACUAUAGUAGAGUAUCAGGAGGAAGUUGUCCGUCUACAAAGGCUGCUCGACAUUGUUCUUCAACCUGAGAUAAAGCUACGCAGGGCAGGUGUGUUACUCGACCUCUCUCUCUCCGUCUCUGAAGUGGAGGUUCCCCCUGAUCAGCUAGAGUGGAACACCAGUCUGAGGCAGGAGGACCCACAGCCCACACAGAUCAAAGAGCCUGAUCAGCAAGAGUGGAACACCAGUCUGAGGCAGGAGGACCCACAGCCCACACAGAUAAAAGAGGAACCGAAGGAAAUCGGGACCAGUCGGGACGAAGAACAGCUUCAAGGGCUUGAGGCAGAUACCAUAGACUCCACUUUCACUCCCGCCUAUGUGAAAAGUGACUGUGAUGAGUACCCAACUCACCCCUCACAUCUCUAUCAAACCCAAAAGGAAGAAAACGGAGAGAGAGACACUCUACCCAGUACUACAUCUGAACUGAUCAAAACACAACUUGACCGAGAGAACUAUGUCGAAUCAGAACCAACCAGUGUCUCUCAGACAUUCUCUGAAGCAAAUCCAGACUGUUUUGCAGCUCAGAGUGAAAACAGUAAAAGUGUCAGUGGCAUGGAGAAGGGAGGACCUGCGAGAGGUUUUAAGCCAGUCAAAUCAAAGAGAAAACAUAUGGUAAAAGGGCAAAACUCCUGUAUCACUACUAUGGGCAGCACAUCCACACAGUUGUCCCAUCUGAAAUCACACAGGCAAAGUUUUGCUUCUCCCUGUUGUUGCAAGGUGUGUGGCAAGUUUUUUAAUUACAUGAGUACAUUAAUUAGACAUGUUAAAACCCAUACAGGGGAUAAAGAUCCUCAAUGUGGUGUCUGUGGGAAAAGUAUGGAGUCCUCAGAAAGUAAGAAAGAUCACCUCCAAACUCACAUUGCAGCUAAUGUUUCUUGCCAUGUUUGUAGUAAAUAUUUUUCCUGUAACAGUAAACUGACAGAGCACAUGAGGAUCCACACAGGGGAGAAACCAUAUCGCUGCUGUGAUUGUGGCCAAGGAUUCAGCACAAGCGGUGGUCUGAAAAGACACACGCGGAGACACUCGGGAGAACAACUGUAUCACCCUGAUUGUGGCAAAGGAUUCGGCACCAGCGGUGAUCUGAAAAAACACACUAGAAUUUACACAGGAUUAUCCAUAUCGCUGCCCUGAUUGUGGCAAAGGAUUCCAAUAGGUUUUGGCUCCAGCAAAUACCUUCUCAGGACACACACGCUGUGAGACAUAUGAGCUGAGACAGGAUGUCGAAUCCUGACAGAGAGCUAGCUAACAUUACUAGCUAAAGCUAGCUAGCGAGUGUAGCCAAUUUAUACUCCGCAACUUCUCCCAACUUUUACCACUACGAUACUAACACACUUAACAUGACGCCCUGGACCAGAGCUACUGACAUGUAGCCAGCUAGCUAACGUUAGCCACACAUUUGUAACCUAUAUUAAUUAAAUUCAUAUCACACAAAUUGGAGGGACCGAUACAAAUUCAUACAUAGAAAUGUAACGUCAUACAAAACGGAGGGACACAAGAAAACGUUUACUAUGUUACGGCUGGAGUUCAGACUGCAUACCAUGAGAUGCAAAAAUACCAUCUCAGACAGGCAGCUU